GGAGGCUUUGGAUGGAUUGAUAAGUCUACAGUCAGCGCUCUGAGAGCUCGCAAACAGGAGCUCCUGACCAUCUCCAAUGUCCCUGUCACAGACUGCCCGCCCUCUCCCCCCAGAACCGCACCCCCCACCAUGAAGUCGGCUCAUUUCUUCGACAUGAUGGACAAGAUGGAGGACGACUACAUUCCUUAUCCAAGGAUUGAGGAGGUGCUGGAGAGGGGCGGUCCGUACCCUCAGGUCAUCCUGCCGCAAUUUGGAGGUUACUGGAUCGAGGACCCUGAGGCUCCUCCCCCACCUGCACCUCCACCCCCCGCCUCCCUGGCGAUGAAGGGGGAAGAGGGAGAGGAGGGGGAGGAGGAGAAGGGGGUUUUAAAAGAAAUUGAGGAGGAGGACAGACCCCUGGGGGAUUAUGGGUACCAGCUGGAUGAGAUCAGUGAGGCGGCCCGGGCAUACAGGAAGCACUUCUUAGGCAGGGAGCAUUUAAACUUCUCUUGCUUGGCCAGCAGUCAGGGGAACCUACUCUUGUCUGUGAGGCAUGAAGAGGAGAAGGAUCAUGAGUCGCUCCACGUCAUCGUCAGGUCUCGAGUGAAGAGUGUCUACCACAGAUUAUCUCUGACGGAGCUGCCAGAGAUCCCGAGUGUGCCUGAGCUCGCCAAGCUGCUGUGCGAUGAAGCUCCAAGUCUACGUUUCAGUCCCGUCCUCUACCCUAAGGCGUCUCAGCUGAUUGUGAACUACGAUGAACACGAAGUCAACAACACCUUCAAAUUCGGAGUCAUUUUCCAAAGAUUUGGACAGGUGUCUGAGGAGGAGCUGUUCAGGAACAACGAGGAGACGCCGGCAUUCACAGAGUUUCUGCAGCUGCUGGGAGACACCGUUGAUCUUCAGGACUUCAAAGGGUUUCGGGGCGGUCUGGAUGUGUCUCAUGGUCAGACGGGAUCUCAGUCGGUCUACACAGUCCACAGAGAGCAGGAAAUCAUGUUCCAUGUCUCCACCAAACUGCCCUUCACAGAGGGAGACACACAGCAGCUCCAGAGGAAGCGUCACAUAGGAAACGACAUUGUGGCGGUGGUGUUCCAGGAAGAGGCCACACCCUUUGUCCCCGACAUGAUUGCCUCCAACUUCCUGCACGCCUUCAUCAUCGUCCAAGUGGAAGAGCCGUGUUCGGACUGCACCUGCUACAAGGUGUCCGUCACAGCACGAGAAGAUGUUCCCUCCUUCGGCCCACCUCUUCCUAAUCCAGCUGUUUUUAUGAAGGGUCCAGAGUUCAGAGAGUUUCUUCUCACCAAACUCAUCAACGCAGAGCUUGCCUGCUACAAGAGCGACCGCUUCGCCCGACUGGAGGAGCGGACCCGAUCUGCACUGCUGGACAGCCUCCAUGAUGAACUGCAGAGACGCUCCCAGGCUAUGCUGGGAUUGACGUUGGGUUUUGAGGAGGAAGGAAGAGCGGAGAAUGGACAUGCACACGGAGGUCUGCUGGAGUCCAUCAAGAGAGCAAUGCGUGGGCGGAGCGUCUCCAUGGAAACAAUGUCGCGGGGCGGGGGAGGUCUGCCCACCAGUCUGAGUGGUGGUGGUCUAGCACACUUCAGCGCUGAGUAUAACGUGAAAUCUCCGGUGAAGAGGCGUUCAGGACUUUUUCCUCGUCUGCUUAGUGUCGACAGUCAGACGGAGAAACACAACCUGAGAAGUCUCCUCAGUGAGCAGAGGAGCUUCGAUGGCUGCCACACGACACUGGAAGUGAGGUCAGAGGUGCCGUCCAAUCCCAGCUCUCCAGAGGCAGGACAGCGAGACAGGAUUCACAUGAAGAAGGAGAGCAGUAAGAUUUCCAGGUCGACGUCCAGCAGCUGCAGCUUCAGUAUACCUGCAGACGACACACACCUGCUCGCCCAGGCUGUGACAGUAGAAGGUCAAAGUUCAAGUCCACUCCUCGUCUGUCGCAGCCCCACAGAACUCAAAAAUAAAAACUCUCCCAGAUCCAACCUCAAGUUUCGCUUCGAUAAGUUGAGUCACUCAGCUGCACCGGGUCAGUAAACUGUGAGGCGGGAGAGGAGAGUUAAAGAGGAAGAGGUCCGGACAGACAUCACACAGAUGAGGAGGACGUUAACGUGAAGACACCGAUGGACAAUCGUACACACAUAGUUAAACACACAGACACGUUUAGAGGGAUAACAAGGGACACACUUCAACGAUCCUUCAGCGACUCAUUAAGUGUCUCUCCUUCGUCUUUACACUGUCACAUCUUUAAUCAUCCCUUGAUGAAAAUAUCAGAAAAUAUCUCUAUGAUGUCAUAAUGAUGUCAUCGAGGUUAUCUCAGUUACUAAGAGCAGAGAGUUGUUCAGGUGAACUGUUUUACCUGUGAAGCACUGAUAGGGUCAAACACUGUGUUCAGGCUGUGUGUCUGCUUUAAAAAUUAUGUUUUACUGUGUGAAUCAGGGAGCAGAGCUAACAAGCUAACAGGCUAACAGCUGGUUUCACGUCCUCCAGGAAUGUAUUAUUUAUCCACAGGAGAAAAAGGAUUGCUGAUAUUUAACUUUAUGUCUACAGAGUUUUAGUUUGCAGUACUUGUUUCGCCAGGUCAGCAGAUACAGAGUUAGCUUCAGGCUACAUUGCAUCUCUGGAGAAUAUUCGCUUGGAUUAAUUGAACUGUCUUUCAACUAAGUCAGAGCUUAAAUUAUUUUGCAAAAACAAAGUUGAUAACAGCCCUGUGAUAGGUUGGCGACCUGUCCAGGGUGCACCCUGCCUUCCGCCCGAAGCCAGCUGGGAUAGGCUCCAGCCCCCCGUGACCCCUAACGGGAUAAGCGGUCAAGAUAAUGGAUGGAUGGAUGGAUGGAAAGUUGAUAACAAAGCUCAAAUAUGUUUUCAAGUUUUGAAAAUCCAACAGUGACCGCUGUGUAAACUCAGAGCAGUGGUAUCAGUGAAGUAUGCAACCAAAUGGUGAAAUCUGUCGUAAUCUUCUUUUCUGUACUUUACACACGGAAGGGUACCUUAAAACAGACUUUUCUGAGUAUAUGAGAAAGGAAACAGAUAAUCGAGGACAUCUUUGAACUGCCAAAACUCAAUGUGUAAUAUCCCUGAACAGAUUUAAAACCUCCACACAAAUGUGUAAAGGCUGGUUUAUACUUCUGCGUUGAUCCUACGCAGAAGUAUAAAGAGUUUAAAAAGUAUAAAAAAGUAAAUAUAGAGUGGUUGACGCGGACGUGACGUACUUCGCCAAUGUGUCCAUGUCAAGCAGCGUUAAUUGAGGGCCGUGUGGUCUCUCCGAUAGUUGUGUCGCCUGUUUCCUAUCCGACUACGUUUUCUGCUUGCUUUUUAGCAGCAAUUACAGUAUUAUGCGAAUUUACAGCUGAUACAUGUUGCUGUUUAUCAUACAGACAUGAUUACAAGGAAUAAUAGAAAGGAGACGUCGGAGGAGAUUAAAUACUAGCCAAUGUGGGGGGAUACCAAAAGUGCUGUAAAUACAUGAAAUAAAAUGCCACAGAGCGGACCAAUCACAGGGCUUGCGGUCCCGGCCACUUCGACGCGUAUUUACAUUUUGGAGGAGGUGCGCGUCGGCUACGUGUAUAGUCCUCUGCGUAGGUACGGGAGCUACGUGGACCUACGUGUGUAGGCUAAGCUGUCGAUUCAACACAGGCGUAUAAACCAGGCUUAAGUGUACCUUAAAACAGACCUCACCACGUACAAGACGAACAGCUUCUGGAAACAGUCCUUCUGACAAACACUGAAAGCUCCUUGAAACAGACAAAAACGUUACAAGACAAGAGGGAGAAGACAAAAGGGUCACAGUACCAUACAAAGAUUAUAUAAGGUACAUUAAAACACACCUCAUUAUGUGAAAGAAGGACUACAAAUUGAAGAGGGUACCAAUCAUCUGUUUUAAAGGACAAGAAGACAUUAUAGGGUACAUAAAAUCAAACAAUACAGGAUUCGUUGAGACCUGAACAUUUUUGAACAGUGGAGAACAGAAACCAGAGUUUUCAAUACGGUCAAUUUAAGGGUACCUUAACACAGACCUCACUAUGUGUUGGCUGGGAAGGUGGCAAACCUUUACAUAAAAAGUACACAUUUCCUUAAACAGAUCAUAAACAGUGAAAGAGGGCAAGAAAACAGACAUUAAAGGGUACCUUGAAACACCCAAAAACAAUGUACUGAAAAAUAGUAGUUUCUUAUAAAGGAAGAAAACUGAUGUAAAACUUUGAUACAGAUACUUAUGGUUAUAUGAAACAGACCUGACCAUGUUUUAAAUACAUUAAACAGACACUAAAGGGUACAUUUACCAACCAAUCAAAGGGUAUCCCAAAACAGACUCCACUGUGUGUCCAGGAGAGGAACAAACCUUAUACUACGUUUUGAAGGGUACCUUAGUCAGCAACGAUAAAUGUAGGAAAAUUAACAAAGAGACGAUAGAGGGUUCCCUGAUACAGCUGAAAGGUGUACCUAAAAACAGACCAAUCACAUUUUAUUAAGCAACAAAAAAGGGGCUAUAACCUUGAUACUGAUGCCCAUGGGUACCUCGAAACAGACCUCAACAUGUGUUUGAAAUGAUAACAUCAACAGAGGGUUAUCCUGAAACACUAAUGGUUCAGGGUACCUUCAAACAGACACUCAUCAGAUUGUACCUUGUAGGGGCCAAUGUUUGAGUUAAACUUUUACGACACUGUGCGAACAUUUUAGGUUUGGCUACAAAAAUAUGGACAUGGAGAUUUAAUGAAAUCUUAAUUAUAAGAUAUUUUUCAAUUGGGAAACAUCAUUCACUUUCAUUCUUCUAGUCUGGGACAAGUUUAAGUGAGUCUAAUGAAUCAUCUAUCAUCAGGAUUAUAACUUUAUUGCUCUAAAGGCAGUGAUGAAUAACUGCAGGUCACUUUAUUCUGACGGGUGUAACGUUUUACUUUCUUUACAUUUCAUGAGAUUUAAAAGCGAUUUAAACAGUGUUAAAUUAAAAUAUAUAAGGAAACAUGAUGCAAUAAUUCUUAUUACAUCACUGUAGUUCUUCCAGGUCUCCUGCUGUAGACACUUACCCUUCCUCCAUGCUGUAAAUGUUUUUCUUUGUAUCUCUGUCUAAACGUUUACACACAUCAGUCACCAUUAGAAACUGAUCAAUCAAUACAAUCAAACUGCUGACCGACACUCGUUCAGCCAGCUGUGUGUCGAACCUGUUGCAAUGUUUGAAUCACAGAAUCUGAACAGGUUUGACUCCAGCUGUGCUGAAAGUGACCGACUGUUAACCUGCAAAAACCAGAAGCUUCACUGCCGUUUGAUGCAAAAACCGACAGGAAACAGAUGUUUACUUUGCACUAAGAUGACACAAAGCUCUGUGGAUGUUAAUAUGUACAGUCAUCUCUAAUGUCAUUGUCUUGAUUGCACUGAAAGCACAAAUCUGUUCCUCCUCGUCUCUGUCUGAUUCCAGGUGUAAAUCUGUUUGUUUGUUCUGAUUUGUGUAAAAUAAGAGUCAUUUUAUUUUGAAAGAGGACGAGGGAGGAUGUAGCAUAAUCACAAAGAUGUCGUUGUGUCUGUAUUUAAUAUUCUGCAUCUUAAACUGAUGUUUCUGUGAUUCUGACAUGUAAAUCUGAUGUAAUAAAGUUUCAGAACC